AUGGCCGAAGAAGUGUUACUGUUUGGCACUUGGGAAAGCGCCUUUAGUCGCAGAGUAGAGAUGGCUCUGAAACUCAAAGGAGUCGACUACAAAUACAUCGAAGAAGAUACAGCCAACAAGAGUCCUUCCCUUCUCAAAUACAACCCCGUUCACAAGAAGAUUCCCAUGCUUGUACACAAUGGAAAGCCUCUCGCCGAGUCCCAAGUUAUUCUCGAAUACGUUGAUGAGACAUGGCAAGGCCAUCUUUGCGUGCCUGCGGUGUUCAAGGCUACGAGUUGUGAAGAGAAAGAGCGCAAGAAGGCUGUGGAAGAAGCAUGUGAACUUUUUGAGUUUCUAGAAAAUGAGCUAAAGGAAAAGAGGUUUUUUGGGGGAGAGAGUAUUGGAAUGGUAGACAUUGUUGCUAGCUUCAUAGGCCUUUGGCUUGAUGCUUUUGAAGAAGCUUGGGGGUCAGAGUUUUUGACAACAAAGAAAUUUCCCAAACUUAGCAGCUGGAGUCAUGAGUUCGUGAGCAACACUGUAAUCAAGGAAAGUCUACCUCCAAGAGACAAACUGGUUACCUAUUUUCAAAAUCGCCUUGAGAGCGCUAAUGCUUCCAAACAGAUGAAUUUGUAG